GCGACUUACCCCAUCCUCGCUAGUGCGUCCAAGAAGGGCGCUGUCAAGUUCCUAUAUAGCAAAACCUUUUGAUACACGACCUCGUCAAGCGACCGACCCUCGUGUUCCACCCCCGCCAUGGCGUUACCAUCUAUAGCGCUGCCAGGGCAGCUUCUCGGCAGCAUUGACAAAUACUCGCCGGGCCCAGGAACGCACAUUUACGAGUCGCAAAUCUACGCUUCGAUAGCGGGACCCGUCGUCUCGUCGCCUUCAUCCUCACAAGCAGCGCCAGCAUCCAAAUCCAAGCUCGCACCUCUCGUGUCUAUUACACGCCCGCCCGCGUCCAGCGACCCGGGCAUCGUAGGCCCCAACUCGGGCGGUGGAGUGCCGCUGCUACCCACGGUCACCAGCACGGUGCUCGUGCGCAUCACACGCCUGGGACCGCGAUUCGCGUCGUGCGAGAUCCUCGUCGUGGACGGUGCCGUGUGCCGCGAAGCGUUUGUUGCGCAGAUACGGCGCGAAGACAUCCGCGCGACGGAAAAGGACAAGAUUAGGAUCGAGGAGAGUUUCCGCGUCGGCGACUUGGUGCGCGGCACCGUCAUUAGCCUGGGCGAUAGCGGCAACUACUACGUCGCGACCGAUCGAAACGAGCUUGGUGUUGUGCUAGCUAGGAGUGAGGAGGGCAGGGUUAUGCAUCCUAUUAGUUGGAGGGAGUUUAGGGACCCCGUUAGUGGAAAGACGGAGUUGAGGAAGGCGGCGAAGCCGUUUUGAGGGCGAAGAGGGGGGAAUUGAAGGGGGAAUAUGGAGUCUGAGGCGGGGGAAGAGAAUUGGGCGUCCAUGAGCCAUUCAAACGGGUGGAGAAAGAGAACCAAAAAAGAAAGAAAGAAGAGGAGAUACCCAAAUAUCAGGAAACAAAGAAAGAAAAGCGUCUUGCAGACAUGAUUGAAUGUAUAAGUACAUCAACCGUAAAAAGCAGGGGCAUAAACUUUCCGAGUUUAUUUUUUUU